GGUGUCAUUGUUGUAAGAUUCAUUCAUCUGUUGGGUUCAGUUGUCAGAAGCACAUGAAGAUGAUCCUUGACCCUCAACAAUAGAUUUUCAUUUUUUGGCUUCUUCUUCCAGUCAUGUGUUUGCUAUUGAAUAGAUAAUUAAUCGCCCAUCACAUGACGUAUUGAAGAUAAUAACCAUAUCAUCGCAAGGCUUCCUCUGAAGGCAAAGCAUCUUAGUAUGUCCUGAGGACCUCUUCUGAUGUCGUCGAGUUAAUUGGAAAUCUUGCGAUAUGGACAGAAUUCCUGGCGACUCUGUGAUAGACAGACAAGUCGGGUCACGAGAGCCGUAUUCGUGUUUGACCCUGAUGUGUUGGACAUCAGUGUCGGCAUUGAUUGGACUAUUGAUCAUUCGAUGAGUAAUCUGAUUGGAUGCGAUCAAUGAGUAAGGAGAGGAGUAUAUUGGAGAAGAUCGACCAUUUGCCGCUGGCCGCUAUGAGCAGCUCGCACUCAAUUCGUGAUUUUGACAGUAACUGUCGGCGGGAAUGCUACGUCGGCUUGGGAACGUUGAUUCUCGCAGGUGGGAUAUGCCUGCUUGUUGCUGGGACCAUCAUGUUGGUCUCGCCAAACACCUACUGGGCGGAUAAUCUAUGGAUAGUAUUCCUUUUAGUGGGUACGGUCUUGACGUUCUUAGGAAUCUCAAUGACCUGUUACUGUUCCAGAAAAAAAACGCGAUAUCGAACCGUGAAUUCGGAUAUCAUCAACCAGACCAUUAAUCAGACCAUCUUACUUCAUGAAGGUGCUAAUCGAAUACAGCGAAGUGUCCAGGUGCGAACCACAUCAUCGCCUCGAUCAAGCCAGGCCGAAUUACUGCCACGGGGUAGCCAGGGAUCAGCCAGUUUACAUUUAGUGAAAAAAUCUCCAGCCUUUAUGAAUGAUCCUCAGUAUCCAGUACAGUUUGGCGUUCCAUGGUCAAAUAACUUCUACGAUUCCACAAGUCAGUCAUCCUCCGGUUGCAGUACCCAAGCCACAAGUACAACCACCACAGUCCAACAACCAUCCACCUCCUCAUCAAGCCAUGGACAGUCCUCUUCAUCUUCCUCUAGUACCACCUCUGUCAUGCUUUACAGUACCUCAGCACCUCCUAAAAGACUUUACAAGCAAUCCAGUUGCUGAUUGGUCAAUCUUCAGCAAUCUGGUGUUUGAUUGGUUUAUUGAAGUCAAUGGUUAAGCAGCCAUGGUGCUGACUGGCUAAGUAAACUUGAUGCUGAUUGGUUGAUAUCUGUCAACAUGGUCAUAGUUGCUGAUUAGUAGGGAAGUUGUUGCUGAUUGGUUGAUAUCUGUCAACAUGGUCACUGUUGCUGAUUGGCUAAGGAAAUUAGAUGCAGGUUGGAUUGAAUCAGACAGCAAUGUCAUAGCUCUUGAUUGGCUUAGGAAUGUUGUUGCUGAUUGGUUGAUAUCAGACAACAUAGUCAUGGAACUUUGCUGAUUGGCUAAGGAAACGUGUUGCUGAAUGGUUGAUAUCAGGCAUGUAGUUGCAGAUACAUUGAGCUUGUCUUUGGUAUGAGUUUUUAGUCAAGUAAUGCUGACUGGUUGAAGGCUGGUUGAAUCAAAGCAUUGCUUUUUGAUUUGGUUUGGCAAAGUGAUAGCUGAUAGGAGUUUAAGUGGUUGUGGAAAUUGGAUAGUUAUAAUCACUAUUUGAUAUUGUAUAUCUUGCAACAGUGUACAGUGAGAACUUUUCAAUGUCAAAUUUGUAUAUUGUCGAUUCGAUUGGUGGUCCUUUAAUCCAAUAAAGGUGUAAAUUCUUACAGUCACACAAUCAUGUGUAUGACCCGUCACAGCAAAACCAGUCACAUGUCGCUCUGAGCUUGGCAGGUUGAGAUGGACUGUUUGUUCAUUUCUCUGUGGUCUGCCUUUUGUGUAAUAUGAGCACAUCAAUUUCUUCCAUUAUCUCCUGGUGUCAUUUAGGCUCAUCUUCUGUGCGACAUGUGCCUGGUUUUGCUGUACAGGUCACAUAUUGGUUGUCGAAUAUGUACUUUCAAGUGAAAGUAGUUUGAAUAUAUCAAGUAGUAUAUGUUGGCCCAAUUCUGCUUAUGGAGAUUGAGCAUGAGUCAGAAGAUCUUUGUUGGCUUUAUUACAAAGUAUCGCAGAGAAUUGUGCCAACCAGCCAAAAAAGGAUAUAAGUUGAUUUUUAUUAAGAUCAUAUUGUCAAUUAAGUAUUUUCUUAUUUGAUGAUUUAUUCACAUCAGUUUCUCAGAUGAUUUACUUUGUGUUUAAGUUUGACUUUUUCUUUUGUUAAUGUUUAAUUUACAUUUUUUUUUUUUUAUUCAUUUGUUUAUAUAUUGCGAUAUCAGAAGGAGUUUUUCAAAAUGGACCUGCUGAUGGUCUCUGCAUUUUGAAUCUUUUAAUGCAUUUGUGUACAUGUAGUUAACCCCCCAAAACAGUUGGCUCUAGCCCAACUACGUCUUGUAACCAUUAGAUAGGACAUAAAUAUAAACUAUCCUUUGAUUAACAGAAGAUUAUAAUGUUUACCAUGUGACUGGUUACUGUGUUUUGGGCAGGUUUUACUGUCUAACACUACUGAAAUUGAGGUCCUUUCUAAUUACUGACAAAGGCAGACCUUCCCUAAUGUUUCUUGACAAUCAGUUUUAUCGGCAAACAACUGCUAAACGUCAAUAUUUUGAUCACAAAAUCAUAUAUUAAUGUAAUCUUUAUGAAGUUUUACAUGAUGUCUGUAAAUUUCAUUACUUGUGAAUUGGAAGAAGUUGAGAAUUUUGUGAAAGUCCCACAACAUACUUUCAAGUCAGUGCUGCCAUCUACUGUUCCUUUUCCAAAAUGUGAGCUUGUCUAUAGUUUUGUUCAUAUCUUGAGAUGGAUGUGCACUCUAUCAAAAUUAAUUGCAAGCCAGCUUUACAUUUUAUACCUUUGAUUUUAGAGUAAAGUUCGUGUUUGUCUUAUUUUGAUAGAGUGGUCUCCAAUGUCGCCUAAGAAGAAUUUACAGGAAAUCACGAUUGAACACACCAGAAGAUAUGGUCAGUUUUAUCUGAUGAUGACGAUUGUAAUAUUGAAAGAAGAUAUCCAUAAUAUCAAUAAAAGUUUGGUGAAAUGUUUUGUACUAAGUCUUUAGAUGUGAAAAUAAAGAGUAUGCUGUUUAUAACU